AUGAGUCGUCAUAUUAGAAAUUUUGGAGAAUAUUCUGUUUCACAUUUUUAUAAAGAAGAGGCAGCUGAGACUGUUAACAGUACAAAAUUCAAAAUUGAUGCGCCAGAAGGAAGUGAUCAACUUUUAGAAGAUUUAAUUGAUUACUUCAUUGAAAAAGCAGACAAGUCAACCGGUACAAAAGCGGAAAAAUGUUCAAUAAUUAUACGCAGUGCAGUUCUUGAGAAACCAAUUCAAAUUCCAUACAGAGGUUUUGCGCAAAAUACACCACAGGUUGUUAUGGAACAACUUGAUUCUGUUGAUCAAAGUGGAAAAAGGAUGGGAAGACCAUCACUUUACAGCCAACCAAUACAUAUUGAGGUGGAUUUUCAUAAAAAGUAAAAAAACUAUUUUUAUCAAGAUUGUUAUGGGACCUUCUCAUGAAGAGGCUCUAGCCUUGAUAGAGAAAGGAAAUAGUGGAAGCGGCAGAAAAUCAAGACAUAUUAUGAAAGGAACAGAUCU